UGAACAGGCGAUUAAGUCACUGUCAUGCGACGAGUUCGGUUUUGGGAGGAAACCGUUACGUUUACACGUUCCAUCGCUGAGCCGGACUCACUUUUACCGUCGUUCGAUAUGUGUGAUUACGAUCGCCUGUGUAGCAGGGUAGGGUGGUGUUGCGGAAUAAAGGCGAUAGGCCCUUUUGAUCGAGCAAAUUAUAUCGACGUGAAAAGAUAUCGACGCAAUGCGUCAUAUCCAGUUAUGGUGACAGGUCAUAUAAGAUAAAGAAGAAGAAAGUUAGAAACUAGUUAAGCCGUCUGUUCUGAUUUAAUCUAAAGGUUAAUUGUAUUUCCAAUUCAAAGCAGUUCUUUGAUUUAAAGAUUAUUCUACGUAAUUAACUGUAGACGAUUACAGUUCAAGGUUGUUUAUUUUAUUCGAUGAAUUGAUUAAUAAUACUAACUGAAUUUAUGUAUUUCUAUUAAAUAACCUAAAAUCACAGACAGUUAUCACAGCUAAUUGGAAAAGCCUAAAGAAAAUGUAUACUUAAAUCUAAAUAGUACGGAUACGUAAGUACGUUUAUUAAAUGAAAAGGAUGUUUGCUAACGGAAUAAUUCUAUGAGCAGUAUAUAGAUAUUCAUUGUAUAAACACGUGGUUCUCUUUGGAUUUAUUUGAUGGUUAGGAAACUAAUUUGUAAGUUGAUUUCAUUUCAUUAUUAAUUAGAUACAAUAAAAGUAUAUUUGCAGUCGAGUUGCGGAAAACCGAACUACGGAAAAGUUUACAACAUUCUCGAAAAUUAUAAUCUGAAGAGAUCCCUUUCGUUAUGAGUACGUCCGGAGACCAUCCUACAGGCAGCUGCAAGGUCUGCAACCGACCGGAUCAUGCCGAAGAUAUGGUCGCUUGUGAUUGUUGUGAAAAGUGGUUUCACUUCACGUGUGCAGGAGUACAGGCUUCCAUCUGCAACAAACCAUGGCGUUGUGGUUAUUGUUCAAGUCGAGAUGACGACCGUAAUUCAACAGUGUCAAUCUGCUCGACUACCUCAAGUGCUCGUUUACGAUUGAGGCAGCUCAAAGAAGCGAAAACACUCGAUGAUCGUCUGUUAUUACAACAAGCGGAAAGGGAACGAGCUUAUUUAGCUGAGAAGCACCAACUGGAAGCCGAGAUUCAUACAGAAAUGCGACUAAGAACCAGUACAUCAAGCCGAAUCAGCUGUAAAAGUAGUCACAGUCACAGAACUGAAAUAAAAACCUGGAUUGAUCAGUCUGGAAGCACAAUGGCAGUAAAUCCAAACGCGGAUGCAAAAGCAUCGACACCCGUUAUUUCUAUAGGGAAUAUAGUACAAGCAGAUAAAAACAAAAGUGUAAUAACGCCAGUCCAGUCGAUAUCCACAGGUAUUCGUUGUAGUGUAGUUCCGUCCACGUCAACCAAGAAAGCCGUGGUUGAAUUCAAUAGAAUGUCAACAAAAACGCACGUUCCACCGAUUCCCAUUUCUGGUUCAGCAUACACAUCGCAGCAUAAUGCCGUCCGUCUAGAUCAACAGAAACAACAUCCAUCAGGUCCGUCUAAGCAGCACAUCCCACCGACGAGUCAGUCAGGUCCACGAGAAGGCUCGCAGUUAGGCGCGGAACCUAUAAUGGAAAGUCAAGUUCCUGUUCGGACUGAUUCCGGUGAGCGGAAUCAAUUGGAUAUAUUAUGUAAACAGCGAACAGUACAACAGCAAUUUGGAAAUCGAAACAGCAGUUAUUUUACGCAACCUAGAGGAAACCAAUCGGGAACAUCGUUUAUGCCGUCAUUACCACCAGAAGGCAUGCAAUUAGGCGCGGAACCUAUAAUGGAAAGUCAAGUUCCUGUUCAGAAUGAUUCCGGCGAACGAAGUCAAUUCGAUGCAUUUGGUAAACAGCAAACAGUGACGCCACAACUAUUUGACUUGCGACGAGGAAAUAUUAUUUCGCAUCCUAAAGGAAACCAAGCGGGAGCAUCGUUUGUACCGCCAUUCUAUUCUACACAUUGGCCCGUGAAUGAAAACUUGAGUUUUGGUAACAGUCAACAGCAAACUCCUUUCAUGGCUUCAAUUCCCGUGCACCCAUAUACACCGUCGAACUAUUUGAGAUGGUUCGCAAGUGGAGCACCGAAUAUGGAAGAAUCAAAUGCAUCACGUCCUCGGACAAGUGCGACAGCAAGCGCUGAACCGCUUCAGAGCGAACAAGGACGCCCUGAUAGGCAAUCAAAUAUGGGACAAUCAUCUAAUAAUCACUGUACAUCGGCGACUGAAGGAGUUCUGAAUGCACAGCAAUGGGCAGCACGUCAAGUAGUGUCGCGUGACUUACCAAAGUUCUCGGGUGACCCGCUUGAGUGGCCACUGUUUAUUAAUGCGUUUGAGUCUACUACAAUGAUGUGUGGAAUUCAGCAAGACGAGAAUCUAGCUAGAUUACAAAAAUCCUUAGUGGGAAGUGCAAGAGAAAAGGUUCAGAGCAUUUUAACUCUACCAGCAGCGAUCCCCGAAAUAAUUCAAACAUUGCGAGAUGAAUGCGGGCGGCCUGAACAAUUGGUUCAUUGCCUCCUAGUAAAGAUUCGUCAUGCUCCUCCUCCAAAUAUCAACAAACUUGAUACACUUAUAAAUUUCGGAAGGGAGGUAAAAAACCUGGUGAUUUACAUCGAAGGUGCCAAACUACACGACCAUUUGGCAAACCCCAUGUUACUAUCGGAAUUAGUAGGAAAACUACCACCAAAUUUACGGUUGGAAUGGGGGCUACAUACCCAGAAAAUACCGGAAGUAUCGCUGAAGGCAUUUAGUGAAUACGUUACGGCUAUCAGAACUGCUGCUUGUAAGGUCUUGCUGCCAGACUGCAGUCAUGACGAAGGUCGUCGGAGCAAGAAGGAAAAAGGUGGUUUCGUGAGCGCACAUUCUUUCGGACAGAAUGAUGAAAUUGAGAUACAUUCGAGAAAAGAACACCAAACUAAAACUAAAAACGCCACCUCGAAAUCAUGUGCAGCGUGUAAUGAGAAUGAUCACAAACUGCGGAACUGCGAUAAAUUUAAGAAUUUAAGCCUAGAUCAAAGAAGAAAACUGGUGGAACGUUUGAAGCUUUGUCAACAUUGUUUGGGAAGUCACGGUAAGUGGCCGUGUAGAUCCAAACAGUUGUGUGAAAUCGAUGGUUGUAAAGAGUAUCAUAAUAGUCUGUUACAUACAAAGCCAAUUCGCUCAGUUCAACGAACAGUUUCCACUGGUGUUAUUUCCGCUCACUGCUCUAAUCAGGAAAGUAUUCUCUUUAAAGUAAUUCCUGUCAUUCUGUCACAUAAAGGAAAGUCUAUUUCAACCUUCGCAUUUUUGGACGACGGAUCUAAUCUUACGUUGAUGGAAGAAGAAAUCGCUGAAGAGCUGGAGUUGAAUGGAAAUGUCACUCCACUAUGCAUCCAGUGGACAGGAAGUGUGACAAGAAAGGAGUCGACCUCACGUGAGGUUCAAGUGAGCAUUUCGGGCACUCGUUCUCAGCAAUACACUAUUUCAGGUGUUCGCACGGCUCCUCGCCUUGACCUUCCUCAUCAAAGUUUGGAUUACGAUUAUCUAGCCAACAGAUUUGCUCACCUGAAGAGGCUUCCAGUUAGUAGUUAUUCGAAUGCAAUACCUCGGAUUCUUAUUGGUUUGGAUAAUGCGAAACUGAUCAUGACUUGAGACAAACGUGAAAGGCAUUAUCGUGAACCUGUUGCAGCUAAAACACGCCUUGGUUGGACGAUUUUUGGUGGCGAACAAAAAGAAACACAGCAAACCCAUCA